ACCACCAGUGUGCUCUCGGCCGCGGCCCCCGAAACAACAGAAAGCAGUCGGUUGGCGCUUUUAACCUUCAGCAAAGCAGUUGCGUUGAUAUAUCCCACAAGAAUAUCCAUAUUGAUAGCCAAUAUCACCUAAUAUUAUCAACACCAAACAAAAUAUAUAUCUAUUUAUCGAUAUAUCAAUAUAUCAACAUCCCCUUCACCGAACCGAACGCGACGGGUACCCAGCGCAAGCUCCGUUUCUUUUUUCUGUGUUAGUUUUUGAUUGCGAAAAAGAAGGCAAGCAGCAGCAGGCUAAGAAGAAAAGCCAGCACAAAAAACAUUUUUCAGCUGUGGUGGCCUGGAAAAGUGUUCAGCAAAAAUUCAUAGAUAAACUUUUGUGAUUAAUAGAAAAUCGAGGCAGUCAGCUAAAUAUUUGCUCUAUUCACUUAGAGUUGUAUAUUUUUAUUCGAUGUAUUUGUUUGUUUUUGUUGCUGUGCAGCUGCCUCUCUGUGAAUGAUAAAAAAAUGUCAUAGACGUAUGUACUCACUUCUGGCACUGCGACCUGGCGCCAGCGUCGCCUCCAGUCAUGUACCGCUACAAUCGAUGAUUGCCUAAGCCAGAGCGAACAGAAAGAAGAGAGUGAAGAGAGAGCAAGAGCGAGCGAGCCAGCGAGCGAACGUGAUACCAAAGACAAUAGGCAACUGGAAAGAACGGGAACGAUAACCAGGUGGAGGGAUCCGAUCCAUCAACCAUUUAAAGAACUAAAAAAAGAAGAGACACACACAGACAGACAGCACUAUGUUGAUUAAGGAGUACCGUAUACCGCUGCCCCUCACCGUCGAGGAGUAUCGGAUUGCCCAGCUGUACAUGAUAGCGAAAAAGAGUCGCGAGGAGAGCCAUGGCGAGGGCAGCGGCGUUGAGAUCAUCAUCAAUGAACCCUAUAAGGAUGGUCCCGGCGGCAAUGGUCAAUAUACGAAAAAGAUAUACCAUGUGGGCAAUCAUUUGCCAGGCUGGAUCAAGAGUCUCUUGCCGAAAAGUGCUCUGACCGUUGAGGAGGAGGCAUGGAACGCAUAUCCGUAUACAAGGACACGCUACACCUGCCCCUUUGUGGAGAAGUUCUCGCUGGACAUUGAGACGUACUAUUUCCCAGACAAUGGCUAUCAGGAGAAUGUCUUUCAGCUGUCGGGCAGCGAUCUACGCAAUCGUAUUGUCGAUGUAAUCGAUAUUGUCAAGGAUCAGCUAUGGGGCGGCGAUUACGUGAAGGAAGAGGACCCCAAACAAUUUAUAUCGGAAAAGACGGGACGUGGCCCGUUAGCCGAUGACUGGCUGGAGGAGUAUUGGCGCGAGGUCAAGGGCAAAAAGCAGCCAACGCCGCGGAACAUGUCCCUGAUGACGGCCUAUAAGAUUUGUCGCGUUGAAUUCCGAUAUUGGGGCAUGCAAACGAAGCUGGAGAAGUUCAUACACGAUGUGGCAUUGCGCAAAAUGAUGCUGCGGGCGCAUCGUCAGGCCUGGGCAUGGCAGGAUGAAUGGUAUGGCCUUACCAUCGAGGAUAUACGCGAGCUGGAGCGUCAGACACAGCUGGCACUAGCCAAGAAAAUGGGCAGCGGUGAAGAGUGUAGCGAUGAUAGCACCUCCGAGGCGUACACUAGCACGACGGCCACGGCUGCCGCCUCUACGGGUGGCAGCGAACGAAAGAAAUCGGCGCCGGCCAUACCGCCAAUUGUCACCCAACAGCCGCCCAGUGCCGAGGCCAGCUCCGACGAGGAGGAGGGAGAGGACGAAGACGACGAUGAGGAUGAGAACGAUGCCAUUGGCGCUGGUGUGGAUCUGGUUGGCAACACACAGGGCACCGCCACUGCAAAAGAUCGGUCCCGAUCGCAGAGCAUACAGAUGGCCAACAAGGGGAAAUUCGGCUCAAAAGGUGCCCUGCACUCGCCCGUGGGCUCGGCGCACAGCUUUGAUCUGCAGUCAAAAAAGCCGCAUGCCAAGACAGCGCCUCGCAGACAUGUGGCUAACUGGCGCAUGGAACGACUGGAAGUGGACUCCAAGUCGAAUUCUGAUGAGGAGUUCUUUGAUUGUUUAGACACCAAUGAGACGAACUCUCUGGCCAAAUGGAGCUCCCUGGAGCUGCUGGGUGAGGGCGACGACAGUCCACCGCCCCAUGGGGGCCCCUCCAGCGGUGGCUCUGUGGCGAGCGUUCGCGGCCACGCUGGCGGCAAGCAGGAGGAUAGCAUUUUCAAUCAGGACUUUCUAAUGCGCGUCGCCUCGGAGCGGGGCAACAAGCGACAGCUGCGCUCCUCGGCCAGUGUGGACCGCAGCCAUGAUUCGUCGCCGCCAGGAUCGCCGAGCACCCCAUCUUGUCCAACCACCAUACUGAUGUUGGUCGUUCACGCCGGCAGUGUGCUGGACGCCGCCAGUGAGCUAACGGCCAAGAAGUCAGAUGUCACCACAUUCCGUGGCUCGUUCGAGGCCGUCAUGCGGCAGCAUUAUCCCAGCUUGCUGACACAUGUGACGAUCAAAAUGGUGCCCUGUCCGUCGAUAUGCACCGAUGCUUUGGGGAUACUCUCCAGCCUCAGUCCAUACUCGUUCGAUGCCUCGCCCUCGGCGGCGGAUAUACCGAACAUAGCCGAUGUACCCAUAGGGGCCAUACCCCUGCUGGCUGUGGCCUCACCCGAGUUCCACGAGACCGUCACCAAGACGGUGGCAGCGGCCAAUAUUGUGUACCAUGAGUUUUUGAAAUCGGAAGAGGGACAUGGCUUCUCCGGGCAGAUUGUAAUGCUCGGCGACUCCAUGGGCUCUCUGCUGGCAUACGAGGCUUUGUGCCGGUCCAACGGCAGUCAGCCGGGCACCGCUGGAUCUGGGGCCUCGAACUCUGGCGGUGAUGCUGUUGCCGCCAGCAGCGGCAGCAAUGCCCAGCCAAUGAACAGCCGCCACUCGCGACUGGACGACGAUGAGCGCUUCAUUGAGGCCGAUCUGGAUGCCAAACGUCUGCUGGUGGCCCCAUCGCCGCGUCGUCGUCGCUCCAGUUCGUCGAGUGACUCGCGGGCCGUCAAGCUUGACUUUGAGGUCAGUGACUUUUUCAUGUUCGGCUCGCCGCUGUCCGUUGUCUUGGCCGCCCGCAAGUUGCACGAUGCCAAGACGGCACUGGUGCGACCGAACUGCCAUCAAGUGUACAAUUUGUUCCAUCCAACCGAUCCGAUUGCCUCGCGGCUGGAGCCGCUGCUUAGUGCACGCUUCUCCAUACUGUCGCCGGUGAAUGUUCCACGUUAUGCCAAAUAUCCACUGGGAAGUGGCCAGCCAUUGCAUUUAUUGGAGGUUAUUCAAUCUCAUCCGCAACACUUUAACGAUGGCAACAACAUACUGGCCGGACGUCGCCUCUCGGAUGCCUCCAUGCAGAGCACGAUUUCGGGACUAAUUGAGAAUGUCUCUCUCAGUACAAUUCAUGCCCUUCAAAACAAAUGGUGGGGCACCAAGCGCCUGGACUAUGCCCUGUACUGUCCCGAGGGGCUGAGCAAUUUCCCCGCCCAUGCAUUGCCGCAUCUGUUCCAUGCCAGCUACUGGGAGAGCCCCGAUGUGAUUGCGUUUAUAUUGCGACAGAUUGGCAAAUUCGAGGGCAUACCGUUUGUGGGAUCCAACGACGACAAGGAUGCGGCCUCCUUCCAUCCAGGGCAGCCGCGCGAAAAGUGGAUCAAGAAGCGCACAUCGGUGAAGCUGAAAAAUGUGGCCGCCAAUCAUCGGGCCAACGAUGUGAUUGUCCAGGAGGGACGCGAGCAGCGUUUGAAUGCCCGCUUCAUGUACGGACCCCUCGACAUGAUCACGCUCCAUGGCGAGAAGGUCGAUGUGCAUAUUAUGAAGGAUCCGCCGGCGGGCGAGUGGACAUUCCUCACCACCGAAAUGACGGACAAAAACGGACGCAUCUCGUACAACAUACCCGAUCAGCUGUCCCUCGGCUAUGGGAUAUAUCCGGUAAAGAUGGUCGUCCGUGGCGACCAUACAUCGGUGGACUGCUACAUGGCCGUGGUGCCACCACUCACCGAGUGCGUUGUCUUUAGUAUUGAUGGCUCCUUUACCGCCUCCAUGUCGGUGACGGGCCGCGAUCCCAAGGUGCGUGCCGGUGCCGUCGAUGUCUGCCGCCAUUGGCAGGAGCUGGGCUAUCUGCUCAUCUACAUCACAGGGCGGCCGGAUAUGCAGCAGCAGCGUGUCGUCUCUUGGCUGAGCCAGCACAAUUUCCCCCACGGCUUGAUCUCAUUCGCGGACGGGCUGUCCACCGAUCCGUUGGGCCACAAGACCGCGUAUCUCAACAAUCUGGUCCAGAAUCAUGGAAUCUCAAUUACGGCCGCCUACGGCAGCAGCAAGGAUAUUACCGUGUACACGAAUGUGGGCAUGCGUACCGAUCAGAUAUUUAUUGUCGGCAAGGUGAGCAAGAAGCUACAGUCGAACGCCAUAGUCUUGAGCGAUGGCUAUGCGGCACAUUUGUCCGGCCUUCAGGCUGUGGGCGGCUCGCGUCCGGCCAAAGGGAAUGCCCGUAUGGUCAUACCCAGGGGAUGCUUCAACCUGCCCGGCCAGACGGCAAAUCCGCGACGCCGAAGGUACCUGGAACGAAAGACUGUUUCCUCCUGUUGUUUGAUGGUUUUCCAAACCACUUAAAGAAACACAAAAGAAAGUAAAUACCUAUUAAAGAAAAAAAAAAAACAGAUCUUAAAACUAUAUACCACAUAAAUAUCUAAAAAGAGAUAUAUAUAUAUAAAUGAAAAAUAAAUAUAUUCAAUAUAUAAAACCAUUUAACAUAUGAAAGCGAACAAAGUUCAACACAAAACAAACAAAAUUGAAGGACAGCAAGAAAUGGAAACCAAACUCACUCUCUCUCUCCCCCAAAAACAGGACCCAAAGGACUUAAGCGAGUGCGGAAAGGCGUUGCAAAAUCAAAUGACAAAUUUUAUGCAUUUCUUAAUUAAAACCAAAAUUCUUACAACAACAAAAACGUAUAAACUAACGGCUUCCGAAUACCAACUUGAAAAUUCUAUUCUAUUUAUGUGUGCCAGAAGAAGGAUACCAAAACCAUUCUUCAGCACCAAUAAAGGCCCUUAGAAAGAAACGCAUUGAAAUCUCCCUUAAUGUGAUAGUCUUUCGCUACCAAAAAAAAAAAAAAAAAAAACAAAAACUUAAUUGAAAAGGGUUUAAAUAUUUAGUGUAAUAUCUGUGCUAAAAAAAAAAAAAAAGUUUGUUAUUUGAAAUGAAAAAUUCACCUUUUUUGCUGGUCAAAAGUUGAACAAGUUAAUCGAUAUUGAGAAAUAUGAAAUGUUAUAAAUAAAAAACCGAUUUUGUGAUACCAAAGAAAAGUUGAGUUCGAAUUUGAAUUUGAAACGAGAAUCGAGGAUCAGAGAUCUGAUAUCCGACUCGUUGAAGAAGAAACCGAAAACUCAAGGCGACCUGAUGAUCAUGAUGAAACGGGUCAAUGAAAUAUAUAUAUUAUAUAUACAUAUAUAGCCUAUUGUAGUACUAUCUAUAUACACAGAGUUAUGUAUACACAGAGCCUAAUACAAAAGCUGUCCACACAAGUUAACUAAAAAUCUCUCACCUUGCAAACCGAAUACAAGAAACCACAAAAAGUACGGAAACUCUAAAGAAGAAAAACAGAACGGUACAAAAAGAACCCAAAAAAAAGAAGAUAUACCUAAAUAUAUACAUACAUACUAUAUGUAUAUUGUAUAAUCAAUGUUGGUUUAACUUUCGAUUAGAGAACUUAUACAUACGUGUACCUCCUAAGGGGCAAACCCAAAGCCAAACAAAUUGAGAAGUGUAAAUCGAUAGAUAAGUUAUACAUUUAUAGGGGUAGCCGAGUAAUACCUAGUACUAUAUUUAUUUAGCGCAACUGAAACUAAGAACUUUGGAAACUUGCUAACUGGUAACAACUGUAACUGUGUGUGUUCGAUCCAACAGGUCUUUUUUGUCUGGGCUAUAUACAUACAUAUGUUCCUCUACUUAUCCAUUAUGCAUUUUUUGUUUUGUCUUUGAUUCGAAAUUCGAAGUAUCGAAAUAAAUACUACUACCCUAGGGAAUAACUUUCAUCUACACAAUGAUCCCUGUCCGUAGAGGGUAGCCUAUACUAUAUAUACAUAUAUCCAAUAGAUUGGGAAUCAACAAAUAUAUUCUUUGUCUAGAAAAAUACGCUUAAGAGGUGGACCUUUCCUUUUCCUCCUGUACUUUAUUUGAUCAUCCUGCCAAGGCCGUUUGCAGCGACUCGUAAUAUACUACUCGUAAUAUGCAUAUUGUACCUGAAUAGCUUCCUAAUUUUUUUCAGAGAUACUACAAUACAUCCACACAUAAACACACAAACACAAUAUCGUGUUCAACAUACGAGUAUAACUUACAGAUUCUCUAACUUUUGUAUUGAGUGUGUGGGAUUCAUUCGAGAUUCCGAAUCCAGACAUUUUUUUUGGAAGCCACCACAGAGUCGAGAAAUAUAUAGUAUAUAUGUAUAUAUUUUUAUGCAUACCCACACGCCUCAGAAUGUCAAUUUUAUGAGGAGAUAGAUGAAGAGCUAGAUGUAUAAAUACCCUUUCGCAUUUCGGCUCCAAUAGAUCUCCAAAGGGAUCUCAACAGAUCUCACAGAUAGAUCCUCCCGCCACCCCACCACAAUAGCUGUAAGCGGAACUCGUGAGGCGAUGUUUAUCCAAAUGCCAGUAAAGCGUUAAGCAAAAUUGUAUUGAUAUUUCUAGAUAACAGAAAACCCACCAUUUAGACGUUAAGAAAAGCCAACCUUCCUCCCGCAGACCGCAGAUAGUAGGUGGGAUUACACACACACACACUACACACACACUCAAAAGAAUGAUUCAAGUACUGUCUAAACGAAACAGCAGCUAUUUUGUGUACAAAUUAUACGGGUUCGACGAUCUAGAAUAAAACUAUCGAGAAAGUUGGACGAGAAAUUAUCGAAACUUGCAAAAAAAUUAUUUAAAAACGCAUCCAUUCUAAAAAUUGUUUCAAAAUAAAACUAUCGGAUAUACUGGAUUUCCCUCAAGAUUACGAAAAGAGGCCUUGUGUGUAUUCUUGAAAUUUUCAAUACUAUUUUUCAAAUAUUUCAACCCAAAUCGUUGCCAAUCGGUGAGACUGGGGAAUAUCGAGAACUAGAACAGUUUUGAAAUGAUUUUUCAGCCACCAAUUGAAAUAUUAAAUUUAAUUUUAAUCACUUAAUUUAAUUAUAUUUCAAACAAAUUUUAAAAGAGAGAGAACGGUAUAUUUGUGCUGCUGCCUCGUUUAUUCAUUGCUUAAUCGUGAUCAGGAAAAAUAGAUGCCCCCAAAAAAAAAAGAAACAAAAACUAAAAACUGUUCAAAUCGCAUGCUAUGCAAAUACAAAAAAAAAAAUUGUUGAAAAUAUUUAAAUAAAUGCAUACCUACCGCAGGGUACGGGCAUGCAGAGUAUUGUAUAUUUAAUAAGUGCAAAAAGUCCAGAAACAACAAAUAUUAAAACAAAAAAAAGGAGUAAUUAUUUAUUGAUUAAAAAUUGUUUUACGGACAACAACAACAACGGCAACAAAAAUGUGGAGCAAACCAAAUGCAAUCUAUUUACAAACAAAAGCAAAAAAUAAAAAAAUAUAUAAAAAAAAUAAACAAGGAAAAGGCAAAAGCAAUGUAAAACGGGGAAAGCAAGAGCAUAAUUCAUACAGAGAAUAGAGUUGAAAACAUAUACUAUAUAGUAUAUAUAAACACACACAUACUAUAUGUUUAUAUAUACAAAUAUCCAACAAAAACAAAACUAUUAAACAUUUUUAAGAAGAUUGCAAAAAAAGAAAAAAUUUGAAAUUAAAAAAAAAAAAUACGGCAGAAAAAUAUAUGUAUUUUUCGAUGUAAGCUGUUUGUUAGCGAAAGAUAUGAAAGAGAGAAGAGUGCGACGUUACCAGAAAGGCCACUCGACGCAAGCGAGACGGCAAUAGCAGCUAAUCAUUUCCAAAGAAAAUCGAAAAAUC